GAGUUCCGGGGACCUGCGGGUAACAGACGCUCAGAUCCCGCUGCCCCGGAACGGCGGCAUCGGGAGCCUCCAGACUCCUACGGCUCGGCCACCAGCUGGCGUGUCCGCACCUCCGUGGGGCGGGGACACUGAGCGGAGGAAGGCGGGCCCCACAGGAUACCGGUGGGGAGGCGGUCGCUACUACGCAAGCGCGUAGUGCCGCCGGGCCCAGGCGCGCGCGGAGCGGAGACUUUGCGCAGGCGCGGGGAGCGGCGUGCGUAGGGACGGUGGGUCCGAGCCCGGCCGGCGAGAGGGGCCGAUCGUGCGCGGGCACCGCGAGGAGUUGGGGUUGGGGCGUUGCGGAGGUUGCUGCGGGCCUUGGGAGCACUCACCACAGCAGCCCGGGCGCUCCUGAGAUGGAGGUCCAGCGGGCCUUGGAGCGGCUGCACAUGACCAUUUUCUCCCAGAGUGUUUCUCCCUGUGGCAAGUUCUUAGCAGCAGGGAACAACUACGGGCAGAUUGCCAUCUUCAGUUUAUCAGCUGCUUUGAGCUCAGAGGCCAAAGAGGAAAGUAAGAAGCCAGUGGUGACCUUUGUAGCCCAUGAUGGCCCUGUGUACAGCUUGGUCUCAACAGACCGACAUCUGCUCAGUGCAGGGGAUGGUGAAGUGAAAGCCUGGCUUUGGGGAGAGAUUGUAAAGAAGGGCUGUAAGGAAGUAUGGAGCCGUCAUCCCCCAUACAGGCUGACCCCAUUUGCCCUUCUAAACAGGAGCAGCCUGGAAGUUCCUGAAAUCAAUGCUUUGCUGCUUAACCCUAAGGAGAAUUCCCUUCUCUUGGCAGGGGGUGACUGCCAGCUUCAUUCUAUGGAUCUGGAGACAGGGACAUUCACACGUGCACUUCGAGGUCACACUGAUUACAUUCAUUGUUUGGCCCUUCGGGAAAGGAGUCCUGAAGUGCUGUCUGGGAGUGAGGAUGGCACAGUGCGUCUUUGGGAUCUUCGUACAGGUGAGGAGGUUCAGACCAUUGAAGUUUACAGGCAUGAGGAGUGUGCUCGACCCCAGAAUGGGAAGUGGAUUGGAUGUUUAGCAACUGACUCAGAUUGGAUGGUAUGUGGAGGGGGCCCUGCUCUUACUCUUUGGCACCUUCGAUCUGCCACACCCACAACAGUGUUUCCACUUAGAGCCCCACAGAAGCAUGUAACCUUCUACCAAGACCUGAUCCUCUCAGCAGGGCAAGGACCAUGUGUGAACCAGUGGCAGCUGAGUGGGGAGCUGAAGGCCCAGGUACCUGGUUCCUCUCCCAGCCUGCUUAGUCUCAGCCUCAACCAGCAGCCUGCUGCACCAGAGUGCAAGGUCCUGACAGCUGCAGGAAAUAGCUGUAGGGUUGAUGUCUUCACUAACCUUGGAUACCGAGCUUUCUCCCUAUCUUUCUCCUGACCCUCCUCUCCAAACUUCCCCUCCCCACUUGUUAGGAUCUACUUUGUUAAUUAAAAAAAAAAGCCAUUUAGUCCA